AUCAGUUACCUUUAUUGACAUGAUGGUCUCAUUCGGUUUAGACAUCAACAUCCUACCAGACUUCCUUGUCACGGCAUUGAAGAAAAUAGGCCUAUGGGAAUUCACCAUGUCUCCUGCGCAGCUGACAAGAAAGCUUGUUAGGAACGGCGUUAUCAGAUUCACAUCUUCAUUGGAUUUGGGUGGUGUUCCCGUUCAUAUAGAAAUUUUGACAGGAAUUAGAUUUGGAAGACCAACAUUUGCAGUGGGUUUUUCUUUCGAUCGUUACUCGUAUGGAAAACUGGCGGAGAAGCUAUCUGGAAUUGGUGUUGAUUUCUUGGACAAACUUGGUUUGGAGUUCGAGAUCGGAGUAUCUUUUCACCCGCCGGCACCCUUCCAGCAACUCCUGGUUGAUUCGGAAACCAAGUUUUCCAAAGAACCAUUGCACAGUUUUGUCACAACUAGUGUUCCGCAAGGUAUCUUCGCUGCCGCUCAAAUCAUUCUCCCAAGAGACUGCAAAGGCAAUAAAUUCUGCGAAAUUAUGAAGCUGAUCGUAGGGCCAACAAUAAAAUGGUAUAUCACCGGUCAAUUUCAAUGGAGAAAAAUCCGGGUUGCCACAGGUUUCGCAAAUGUCCGUAUCUAUGAUGGACUAUACUUCCACAAGCUUGAGCUCUACGUGGAGGCUGACUGGAAUGACUCAGCAAAUCACAUCAAAAUUGGGUUCCGCGCAGACAUCAAAGUACCGGUGAAUGGCGACAUCUAUCGUGACGGAAUCAGAGCGCCAAACAGUGAAUUGUUUCUGUUCGGUGUGUUAGAAUACGAUUUCCAGGAACAGGUGGUCGGGGGAAAACUGGGCAUGAGAGGAAUCUGGCGCAGAGCAUUCUUCAUACCAUUCCUUGGCAUUGGAAACAUCUUCCUUGGCUUGACGUAUAAGGUUGGAGCGCCCAUACCCAUCACUGGCGUGCAAUUUGGAAUGCGAGUGGAGUUUGGAUAUGACUGUCUAAUACCGGCGGACUUCAAUAACGAUGGGCACUGUUUCGGAGGAAGUGGCUAUUUUGGUGUUGGAUCACCACAGUUUUUUUAUGCUGAUUUUGACGCACUAACACUUGGAAAAAUAAUUCGUCUCUUGGGAUUCACUAUUCCUCUUCCGCCGCCGAUAGCACAGACUGGCUUCCCGGAAGGCGGAUCGGGAUCUUACGCGGAGGAAGCGUUCGACCUGAGAAUCGCCAAUGGUCCAUACAUCCCUGAGGGCUUUGCUAUUAAAGGAAGGGUUAAUACUUUCGGAUGGUCAAUUUAUGCGCAUAUCAAGUUAUCAGAAUCGGCAAUUUUUAUCGAUCUAAAACCAGACCCGAUAAAAAUCUUGGACCUUAUAACAAUCGUCCGCAGUCCCACGGAUAAGGACAAAGGACCUUGGUGGUAUUUAGACGCAAGAAAAAGUCCGCCCUUCAUUGAGUCGUAUGUUGAGGGACACACCAACAUACUGGGAAUUUCAACUUACUGUCGGCUGAACUUGACCACCACACGCAUAGAGUUGCUAGUCCAAGGAAAUUUCCUCAACCUCAUCAAAGCUGAACUUUAUAUGACUGCAAGUUACAGUUUGACAUGGCUGGGAACACAGUUCUAUAUUAGAAUUAAUGUGGACCUGCACGCAAUCAAUAACGCUUUAGAUGCAGCAGCGAGAGCUGUGAAAGGCGCAUUUGACGCGGCCCAAAUGGCGCUUGCUGAUGCAAAAGCAAAAGUAGUAAGGGAAAAAGAAAACUGUCGAAGAAAGCUGACACUCGAGUGUGAUAACUGUAAGAGGCUUAAGUGUGCUAAAGCACAAAAGGACUGUAAAGGAUUCUUGAACGCAGCUGGAAAAUGGAUCGGUGGUGUUGUCGAUAAAGCUGGGAAAUGGAUAAAAGGAGCCUUCAAAGAAGUAGGAAAGAAGCUGGCUCCAGUCGGCAAAGCUAUUAAGAAAUUUUUCAAAGGCUGGAAAAGAAGAAGGGAGAUAUUGGACAAACGUAAUGAGAAUUUCGAACUCCAUCUCCGACGACGUCGAUUUAUCAGCAAAAUUCUGUGUGAGGGGCUUGUAGGAGGUGGAUGUAACGCGGUGUCCAGCCUUUGCGAGGGAUCGUGUAAAGUGGUUAACCAUAUCGGUCAAGGCUUGUGUAACGUUUUGGAUGUAGCCAUUGGAGCUUUGACGAUAACUGAACGCGCAACAGCCUGGGUUGGCAGAGCUAUUGACUUCGUCCUGACUAAACUGUUCAGAGUGUACAGUAUCAAAUUUGAAUUUAGCCUUGAAGCAUACGCUAGAGGGGACAGAAAUAACGUCAUAUUCAAUGCAGCUAUCGACUUGCUGAUCUUUGGAAAACGCUACUAUCUUGCAACCGAAUUCAACCUGAGAGAUCCAGUCGCAAGCCUAAGAAGUGGAUCAGAUAAAGCAACAGAAUGGUACAAAAGCAACAUGAAUAACGAACAAGCAACCGCACCCGAAUCGAACUUUUAUGACAGUCCGAAUCCAUAUGCUGACUUUGAGAUGUCAGAAACAUUUUUAAUCGAGAAUCAGCAAGCAGCAACAGAUAGCAGGACUGGCGCCUGUUUGUAUGUCGACUCUAAAGAUGAUGGAGCUUUUAUUAAAGUUACGGGCUGCAAUGAAAAUGAUGACAAGCAAAAUUGGGCUUACACUCUGAAAGGACAAAUUGAGAACUACUGGUCUAAGUUGUGUAUUGACUCAGGCGGCGCUGCCACUGGUUCCAAACUGAAACAAACCGCAUGCAAUCCUGUAAGAGAUGAUCAAAACUUCCAGUGUGACUUGACUGUGAGAACUCUCAUGAGAAGACGAAGUGAUAAAUGCUGGACACUGGGUACAUCAACAAUCAAUGGUCCAGGCCCUCUGGUUCACCGCAGUUCCUCAAAAUGCAUUCACGUGAAGAAUGGUGGUUUUAGUGCAGUACCGGAUGGCACUGGAUUAGUUAUUUACGCUGGAUGCUAUGAUGGUUCUGCAAAUCGAUUAGAAUUCGCCCUGGAAGAUGGCUAUUUGAAGCACAUCAGGAGUGGAAAGUGUGCAAAGCCAAUUGGAGCAGUCACUGAUGAUGUUGUUCUUGGAAUGUACUCAUCUUGCGAAGGACAUAAAUUUAGUUUCACAGCUGGAGGCUCAUUACAACACAUUGCAAGCAGAAAAUGUGUCAACCCCAAAUCAGGGGCCAUGAUCCCUGGAAAUGGCGAUGAUCUGGUGUUGAAUUCUAACUGCGAAAAUAGUGACUUUUCAGAAAACAAGAAGCACCUUUUAUACACUUUCCUUCCACGUAACCCAUAUGUUACUCUUGAAAAGUGCACAAACUUUGAUGAAGCAAGACUGGACCAACGAUUUGAAAUUAUGGAUGAAUCAGUUGCGAGCAUCUGUAGCAAGUUUGCGAGAAACCUUGCUUACCAUAAGACUACAGAGCAAUCAAGUACAGCUCAUAAUGGGUUCAGCAGCAGAGCUGUCGACGAAAACUACUCCUCUUUUUACAACGAUAACUCGUGCACUCACACUAGGAAAGAGCAAGACCCUUGGUGGAGAGUCGAUCUUGGGAGAGAAUACAUCGUGACAGAUGUGAUGAUCGUAAAUCGGCAUGGAUCUUAUCAAAGGCUUAAGAACUUUGAUGUGAAAGUCGGGAUCAGUAAAAACAACAAAGAGAACCCGACUUGUCACGACCGCGUUAGGUAUGUUGAUCAGGCGCAAGCACUCAGGGUGCAGUGCGAUCCACCAAUUCCAGGGCGAUAUGUGUCGGUACAGAUGUAUCAAAACGAGUAUCUAACUUUGUGCGAGGUGGCAGUUUAUUCAAGAGUUGGCUCUCUCGCAGAUCUUUGUCAACUGAAUAAUGGCGGCUGUGAACAGGUUUGUUAUAACCUGUGUAAUUUGAGAGUCAAGUGUGGCUGUCUGCCUGGUUACACUCUGGCUUACGAUGGAACGACUUGCGUUGAUCGGAACGAAUGUAAUCUCAAUAAUGGAGGUUGUGACAGAGCAAAUGGUCGGUGCGUCAAUUCUCCUGGUAGCUUCCACUGUGAAUGUAAUGCGGGAUACCAUCUUCAAGAGAAUAACCAAUUCGUUUGCGAAGAUCGGAAUGAAUGUGGCAUGGAUAAUGCUGGAUGUGAGCAGAUUUGUAGUAACAGCGAUGGUAGCUUCAACUGUGAUUGUAGAGCAGGAUUCAGACUUAAAUCAGAUAAAAUGGGUUGCGAAGAUAUUGAUGAAUGUAAGGCACCAGACUCGGGAGGUUGCAGUCAUACCUGCCAUAACUAUGAAGGUGGAUAUUACUGUAACUGCCCGGCUGGCUAUCACCUGAUGGAAGACGACAAGACAUGUGAAGAGAUUUAUUGCCCAGCAUUGGAAGUUCCAUUAAAGGCAGAAAUAACGCCAGAAAUCUGCACUGAUGGUCGUGCAAAUAUUGCGCGUAACACUGCGUGUGAGUAUACGUGCGCGACUGGAUACCGUCUUGUAGGUGAUAGUUCUCUGGUCUGCCAGAUUGACGGAUUUUGGCAAGGAACAGCCCCACGUUGUGAACCGGUUAUGUGUCCGAAGUUGACUGUACCAGCCAAUGGUGCUGUGGUUCCAUCGUCAUGCGGGGAAAGUGAUUCACAGUACGGUGUGGAAUGUUUCUUUGAAUGUGAUGCAGGCUAUGUAUUGAAAGGACCCAGAUUUACGACAUGUCAAGGAGAUAAUUCAUGGUCUGAUAUGGCGUCAAUUACUUGCGAGAAAGUGUUUAGUGGUCCGUGGAUAAAGUGUCCGAUGGACAGAGUAGAAGAACUUGAACCAGACAAGUCUGCAGUAGCUCUAGGAUUCAAGUGGCAGAAACCGCAAACAAACGUGGACUCCCCUACGGUGUCGCCUAGCAACUACGAUGAGAAUUAUCUUUUCCCUGUCGGUAAACAUAGGGUUAUGUGGACAGCGACACUAUCUGGGAGAGAGAUAAGCUGCACCUUUUUCAUAACCGUCAUCGAUGUCACCCCUCCCUCAGUUCAAGGCUGCCCAGCGUCUUUUACGGAACAAACCGACACCUCUUUCAAAGAAGUUUCGUGGAAGGAGCCUACAUUUACUGAUAACGUAGGCGUUGCUAGUGUGUUAUCCAAUCGUGAGCCAAAAUUCGACAUGGAAGCUUUUUCAACAUUAACAAUAAUAUAUGUUGCAACCGAUGCUGCGGGAAAUGAAGCCAACUGCAAGUUUGACAUCACUGUCGAAGGCACUAAGUGCAGGACUAUUCAUCCUCCCAGGAAUGGCGUUCUCGAAGAGAUUCCUGGCACCUCUGUAAGGUUGAUAUGUGACUCUGGCUUCCUUCUCAACCCGACUCCCCCCGGAUCGCCUGGACUGCUCGAACGUCCUCUUUACGAGUGUCAGGGCAACAAAUGGAUUUCUAGGGAUGAUCAAGUGUCCGAACUGACCAAGCAUGUAGAUUGCACAGCUUACAGUGAAGCAGACGGGCAAGCUUGCAAAGAAGGUUCCGCUUUGAUGGGAGGCAUGUGUGUGAACUGUCCUCCGGGAACAUAUGGAGAUUCUGGCAAAUGUAAAGAAUGCACACCUGGCUUUUUCCAGGAUACAGAAGGAAUGACGGAAUGCAUGCCAUGUCCAAAGAAAUUUUUUAGUAACACGAGAGGAUCUACAUCAGAUGCAGACUGCAAACCAAUCUGCAGGCCUGGUGAAUAUUCCAUUAAUGGUGGCGUCGAUCCUUGUUUGGACUGUCCAGUGGGAACAUACCAAGACAAUUACCAACGAACUAAGUGCCACGCAUGCCCAGCAGGUUCGACUACAUUGAGCAAAGGAAGUUCCUCAGCUGAUGACUGCAAUUGUGCCCUUAAAAUCACUAUGACGAUGCCAACACGAAGUCAAGUCCUACGUGUGCAACAAACUGUAAGACUCGCUUGUUUCAUCGAGGGACACCCGAUACCAAAGAUCACGUGGACUAAAGUUGGAGGUUCAAUGCCUUCUGGGCGAGUCACCAUCGAAAAUGUAUAUGAUUCGGACGCGAAGUUGAAUGGUGUUGUGUACAGCAUUCGCAAUGCUGAUGUCCUUGAUACUGGAACUUACGAGUGCAAAGUUGAAAAUAAAUUUAUGGGAAUUGCUAAGCGUGUCACGAUUGAUGUACUUCAGGUCUCUGAAUAGCCGCAGACCUCUUUAAGCCGAAAAUCGAAAAUAUGGAUCGAAUGGAUCUUGCCUUGACGGGAGGAAUAAAGUUUUAGCGCUAAAUGUUCUAGAAGAAAAAUUUUAGUGUAAUAGGGUAAAUGGUUUAAACCCAGGCGUAAUAACAGGGGUAGUUAGAAAAAAAGGAUGCUUUCAUGUAACGGGCUUUUAAAGGGUUAAGAAUGUAAUAAAGAUUAUUUGAAAAU